AGUAUCACAGUAAUCCCUAUGUUACAAAUCUCUUAAGGAUGGGAUCCACUAUGCAAGAGGUUUCCAAAAUUGUCUUUGUUGCUUUUUGGGUCUUUUCUUUUACCCGUGUCAAAAGUCAAGCAAAACCAUCAGGUUGUGCACCGUUCUUCUUGACAAAUGGGUUCACACUUAAAUCGGACAGAGGAUAUUUGUACACAUGUGACUCAGACUAUAAAGCAUUUGAUGGGAAAUGGUGGGGAGAGGUAACCUGCCAGGGUGGUCAAUGGAGUGAUACACCACUGUGUAUACCUGACAAGCAAUGUGGUCAAAUACCCACUGUUUUUCAAGUAAUAAAUCAAGGAAAUCAAGCAUUUGAGGACAGUGAAUGGCAUGAAUUUGAAUGUGAAGUAGGACCAUGUUGUUUUCAUUGUGUCAAUGGGAAAUGGCAGAACCAGGAUUGUGCAUCAAAACCAUCAGUUUGUGCACCGUUCUUCUUGACAAAUGGGUUCACGCGUAAAUCGGACAGAGGAUAUUUGUACACAUGUGACUCAGACUAUAAAACAUUUGAUGGGAAAUGGUGGGGAGAGGUAACCUGCCAGGGUGGUCAAUGGAGUGAUACACCACAGUGUAUACCUGACAAGCAAUGCGGUCAAAUACCCACUGUUUUUAAAGUAAUAAAUCAAGGAAAUCAAGUUUUUGAUGACAGGGAACGGCAUGAAUUUGAAUGUGAAUUAGGACCAUGUUGUUUUCAUUGUGUCAAUGGGCGAUGGCAGAAGCAGGAUUGUACAUAUCAGAAAUGUCCUACUCCUCCCUAUGUUGAAAACGCUGUUAUUACUUCUCAUGAAGCCGGAACUUCUCAGCAAUCAGUGACAUAUGAGUGCCAUGAAAAUUACAGCAUAACUGGGCAACAGAAAAUCAACUGCAUCGACUCAAAGUGGGAAAAAGCACCAACAUGUACAUUUUGACCACAUCUACACACAUGAAUGUGCGAAAAAUACCCAACUAAAAUUGAGCUACAACAACAAUGACCAAAUGUGUACAUUGUGAGUUCAGUACAAGAGGAAUAAAAGACAAAAAUCAAGAUUUAAG